AUGGCAACCCAAUGUUCAGAUGACGACUCGGUUAUUAUUUCAUCCGAUUCGUGUGACCACGGUAUUCAAGUUUUGCCAUUAUGGCAGAGAACUUUUCAAUUACAUGAGAGUAAUCGUCGACAAAGAAUUCAAGAAGAUCUAGCCUUGUUACAAACAUUUGAAGUCCAACGUCAAGAAAGAGAGAAGCAGUCUUACAUUCUUCAGAAUCAAAUUGAUAAAGAAUUAAGAUUUCAAAAUGCAAUUAUCGACUCCUCCACACCUACUACACCUACAAAGACGUCAGCAAUAUCAGAAGUCCAUACUGAUAUCCAACCUGAUGUAAAACUAAGUUACAUAGAAGAAGUUGAGUUAGAACCAAGCUAUGAGAAGUGCAAGGCCAGCUUACCAUAUGGUGAUAAUAAUCAUGUCAAUGAGAAUAGUCCUCCUAGCUAUGAAAAUGUCGAGAAACACGGUGCUGCUAUCGUCGUUACUAGUAUUGUGGAGUAUGUCAGAACAGAAGAUGCUCAUGGAAUAUUACCAAGCAAUUUGCCUAUCUGUGAUUUAAGUGAUAAAGAAAGCGUCAGGUGUUCCUCAUGUUGUAAAAUGAUUACAAUUUUUAACGGUACAAGAUACACUGGAUAUGCUUGUAAAGAUGAUGACGGGAAAAAAUAUCAUAUGGAAUGCUAUUGGAAAUUAAUCUCACCAAAAUGCAAGCAUUGUCACCUGGAACUAGUUCGUCAGCAUGAUAAGAAAUUUAGUGGAAUACUGGCAAAAUUUAACAACGCCUGGUAUCAUGUAGAAUGCUACGAAGAUUACAGCGGUCCUAGAUGUCCAGUAUGCUAUGACGUUAUUCAGGGUUCUCUAAACCAAGCUGAGGGAAUACGAUGCAUCAAAGAUAAAAAUCAAGUUUAUCAUUUUAAUUGCUAUACCAAAAAAGGGAAACGAAAUUCUGUUCAAUUACCCAUUUGA